CCGCUUCCGGCGCGCGCUGCAUUGUGGGUCAGUGGUAGCCGGGAUGGUGGGGGAGGUGGAAGAGGCCGAGGUUCCCGAGCGGUUCCGCUCCUACUCGGAGAACGAGAGGCACUGGCAGGCCCGCCGCGAGUUCAUCCUGCGGAACCUGCCCCCGGACUGGGCGGGGGAAGCGCCCUGGCCCGCCGGCCGCAUCGACCACCUGCUCUCGCUCUCCAUGGUGUGGGCCAACCACCUCUUCCUGGGCUGCAGUUACAGCAAAGACCUUUUAGACAAGGUAACAGAAAUGGCUGAGGGGAUUGAAGUUGAAGGUGCACCACAGUUUACUACGCGAGAUGAAAUAAUGAAAAAGCGUUCUUAAUAACAACAUCCCAGAAGUAUAUUACACAUGGAUCAGUUAUACGUUGGUGGUGGAGCUACUAGCAUAUUUGCAACAGUUGCUUUUCAGUUUUAGUUAUUAAGGAAAUGUUGGUUAAAUGUAUCUCUACAGUUUAUUAAAAAGCAUUUUUAUUAUCCAUUCUGCUAAUUAGAAACCACUAAUUUCAUUUUUAUGUAUUUCUCUGGAAGAAUUGUAUCACCAGCUUUGCAAGUGCUAUGUAAUCCAAAAAGUACUGUGAUGAGAAGCUAAUUCCCAAAGGUUUAAGGCCCCAAUCCUGAAACACUAGUGCAUAUGCUUAACUUUAAGCACGUAAAUAGUCCCAUUGACUUCAGGAACUAUGAUGUGCUUAAAGUUAAGCACAUAUGCCAGUGUUUGCAAGAUCAAGGCAUUAGUGUGAUCUGGUUGGGGUGUGGGUGAGCUGGAAUGCUAGUAUAUCUCCCUUACAACUAGAUGAGAAGUAGAUCUAUAAAUGAAAGUACUGUGACAACCAAGUACUAAAACCCCAAAACAAAUUAAUAAACCUCUGAGCCAUAGAAACAGCUGCGUAUUGUUUUCAGGCAGAGUUUGAAUCACCAAAUUUAAAUUAUGGCUCAGGUUUUUUUAAACUCAAUUUAGCUUUUUUUUUUUUUUUAAGGAAAAGACAAACAAAUAAAUAACGGUAACAUAGCUUCCCACUAGGGGAAACAAUUGAAAUCGCUCCUCUCUUAGACAACAUUUAGAGGCCCUAAGUAGAUAUGCAGUUGUCCUUCAUGUCGAUUUUGGAAGCUUUAUUUUCCACACUCAAAGCCUAUUAAUAUUGUGACUCUAAAUACUUUUGGUGUUGUUAAAUGAGGUACUGUAAGAAUACAAAAAGUGUUUUCUCAAUAAUAAAAUGGUUCCAAAUUGUUGUAUUCUGAAAAUGGUGGUCAUUUUUGGUGGAGAUCUCCUGUAUUUUUAUCAUUUUCUAGGAUAGCAAACUCCUAAGUGGGCAGUUACUGUGAGAUAACUGGGAUUUUAAAAGAUAGAUAUAAUUUUAAUGGCUAUGAUUUCUUUGUUCUCUUAGUUGUUUGAUACUUUUUGGAUAUAUAAGCAGGUGAAGAGAGGAUUCUAAAUCUUAUUAAAUGACAUUUUUAUAUGGUCAUGCUGAAAAUACUUGGGCUUUUAUCUCCCAAAGUUGGUUCUGGGCUUUACAGGGAGUUAAAUUAUAAUUUAAAAUGCAAAUCUAAACAAUUUGGAUUAUUAAAAUCUAGUUGCUUGCAAAAUCACAAACACAGAGUUUGGUCUUUAAGUGUACGCACGCAUACACACAGACAGGUGCACAUGGAAGCACUUUUUUUCUUAUUUAAUGGGGAUUAAAUAAAACUAUUCCUUGAAAACUCUACAAGAAGUUACACAAAACCUACUUUAUUACUUCCUAGCGUAAGUCUUGUACUUUAUUAUGCUAAGGAAAUCCUCUAAAGCUAAUAUAGGUAAAAUUCAGUGUGAGUUCUUCAUGCUGUUUAAAACAGAAUGUAAAUUUUCAUUCAGUGCCAAAAAAUGUUAAGCAGGUUGUUUGUUUUACUUUCUUGGUGGCCGUACUUUUACAAUUAGAGAGUGUUACAUUCAGAAAUGAAUAAAGAUCAGAUCCCACAAUUACUUUAUUCAGCACUACAGCCAAAUUUGAAAAUUGCUCUAUAGGUUUUGCUAUUUUAAAUUUAGAACACUCUAACCAUUCAAGUAACUGUAUUGCUAACUGUUUUGGAGUAAGAUUUUAUUUUAAGUAUUUUGAUUAUUGCCAGCAGAUGUAAACUAAAUUUGCUCUGCCUUGUGGAUAACAAGAAAUAGAUACUAGCUGUAUUCUACAGAAUUUUCUGUUGCAAGAUAUCAAGUACUCAUAUCUUCUUUCUACCUAAUAUUUCACUGGAGUAAAAAUUCAAGUAUCAUUUGCUUUUACUACCAUGAGCAUU